AUUCAAAACACCUGUCUCUGGUCAAGAAACAUAACCUCAAAAUUUGUGUUUGGAAAUCGAUUAGAUUUUUAACAAAUUGCAUUGUUUUUUUGAAAGAAAUCGAUCGAAAAAUAUUAGAAUCUUCUGAAAAUGUCGGAAUAUGAAAGGGUACGAGGGGGAAAAUUGAAAUUAAAAGGUGAAAGUGAUAAACCUAAGAAGAGGAAAAGGAAGGAAAAAAAGAUAUCCAAAACUCCUUUAGUGGAUAAAGACGCCCAGAGUCAUGGAAACUGGUGGAAAACAACCAAAGUCGAGGAAAUAACUGGCUCAGUUGCUAUUGAAUUUGGAUCAAGGACUUACGUCAAAGCCCUGGACAAUGGAUUAUUCACACUAGGAGCCCCACAUGACGAGGGAGAGGGACCAUCUCCCGAAGAGAUUUUAACGGCAGUUAUGAUAAGCGAAAAAAAAGUAGCUUUCAAGUCUGGCUACGACAAAUACUUAAGAGUUGAGAAAGAUGGUACGGUUACUGGAAGAUCAGAUGCUAUCGGUGCUAUGGAACAAUGGGAACCAGUUUUCCAAGAAGGAAAAUUGGCGUUGCAAGGUUACAACGACUGUUUCCUCAGCGUUGAUCCUGAUGACGAUGCCAUUAUAGCGAGAACGAAAAAAGCUGGUCCAGAAGAAAUGGUUACUAUUAGAUCACAUAUUACAAGGGAAAUCAAUCCUUUGAAAGAUGUCCCCACUGAGGAACAAGGAGAUAUCAAGCAGAUAGAAGUCAACUAUGUGAAAAAAUUCCAGAAAUUCCAAGAUAAACGAUUGAGGAUAAGCAAGGAGGAUACGAAAGAGCUGGAAAAAGCCAAGCAGGAGGGGGCUUUCCACGAAGCGUUGCUGGACAGGAGAAGUAAAAUGAAAGCAGACAGAUAUUGUAAAUAAGAUAACUUAUUUUGUUUUAAUCUAAGUGUAAAAUGAAUAUACAAAAAACUGUACAAAAUAUUGAUAUUCGAAUUUCACUGGGUUAUGGAUAUUGUAAUUUACCUUCAGAACAAGAAAUAAUAAAUGUUUAACAAUA